AUGUGAAGUGUCACUUCUCUUACAUGUCAUUGUAGAUGUCAUCUAUAUUCUAAUGUUCUGGAUUUUGAACUUGGCCAAUGCUAACUUUUGGAUUGCUUUUGUCAGGAGAUGAUCGAAAAAGUUUCCCAUAGUACCUUUAUGCUGAAGAAAAAAGGUAAAAUCUCUUUUCCCAAAGAAUAUAACGAAGUAUUUAUCAACAUGUCAAUUUGAACGGGAUGUAUGAUACCGGGGUGGUGCAGCGGGUAGUGAUGUUGCCUUAUAGCUUUGGGGUCCCUUAUUUGACCCUGAGCUCAGGUUACUGUCUGUGUUGAAUUUGUCAUGCUUACCUCAUGGCCAUGUGGGUUUCCUUUGAGUUCUCUGGUUUCCUCCCACCUCCCAAAACGCUAAAUUGCCCUAAAGUGUGAAUGUGUUUAUGGUGCCCUGUGAAAGACUGAUGUGCUAUCCUGAGUGUAUACAUGCCCAGUGUUCCUGGGAUUGGCUUUGUGCUCACUGCAUCCCUUACAGGAUAAAGUGCUUACUGAAGAUGAAUGAAUGAACACAAAACAUUAUAAACAGUGUUCUGAUACCACUUUUAAUUUCUGCUAUUGAUUCUCUCACUAAUUCUCAAACAGACUUGGAAGGUAAGAAAGUAAGAAGCCCUUUAUCAUGUCUUUCCUCCACUUUCGGACAUGAGAUAUUUGUCACUUGGGUCAGUUGUGCAGCAAUCUGACAAGUUCUUAGAUUAAGAAUGAAAAAUGAUCCUGUUGCACAGUGGAGGAUGGUUGAGUAAGGCAUUCUGAAGCCUACUCUUGCUCAAGGCUGAGGAGAGAUUUCAGCUCUGCAAGUUUUCAGGUUGUCUCUUCCUGACCUUGCGACUGGAACUCAUUAUCCAGCGGGCUGUGUGGAAGGCCUGAGUAACCUUGGGUAACGGGAGGGCUGGUUUGAUCGUCAUGCUUCAAGAUCAGGCUGUUUCUUGUGGACCAAUCAGAGUGAAGCAGGAUAUUAUGGAGGUGGAGCCAAGAUCAGGUUUACAUUCCUAUGGCUGUACAUAAUUAUAUUCUUACUCUAGGGUUUAAAGGACACUUUUACUUGAACAUUCAUGUCAAGUUUUUUUCUAUCAUUAUGAUGGAAAGAAAACAUACAUGCACAACCUGUGAAAUAUAAACAGCGGUAAUGCAUAAUCAAACUGUAACUCUUCCUAAUGUGAAAUUCUGUUUUACUUUAAGAGCUUUGCUAAACACUCCCUUUAGUGAAUCCAUCCUUCUUCCCUUUUUUCCUUUUCUUUUUUUGUGUGUGGUUAGGUAACAUCUUAGCAAACUUGUAUGAAGGAAAGUAACUAAGAGCUAGAGACCCUGUAGUUAAGAAAAUGUCUGUAAUUAGCCAAAGUUUGAGUGGGUGUGGAAGCUCUUAACACAAAAAAGCAGCUUUUGCAAAGUUGGAAAUAUGAACUUAAUUUUUUUAACCAUUGUAAUUUGAUCAAAUGAACAUAUUUUAAUAGUUUUAUCCUGCAUUUGAAUGUACUCCUAAACCCUCCUGGGCCUGGGACAGCUUCCCCAGUUGUCCCCCAUGAUGGCAGGGCUGAUUAUGUGAAUAAGUGAAACAUAUAUUGUAUAAAUUUUACCUAGGUACAGUGCUGUGAAAAAGUAUCUAACCCUAGCCCUGAUUCUUCUGUUUUUGUGUAUAUCUCAUACUAAAUAGUUGUAGAUCUUCAAAUGAAAUACAACAUAAAACAAAGGCAACCUGAGUAAACACACAAUAGUUUUUAUUUUUAUUUUUUUUAUUGAAGCAAAAAAAAAAAGUUAUCAACACCUAUCACCAAUGUGAAUAAUUAAUUGCCCCCUUAAUCUUAAAAUCUUGUUGUCCCACCUUUAUCAGCAAUAACUGCAACCAAAAGCUUCCAAUAACUGGAGAUCAGUCUUUCACUUACUUCUAGGGCUAGGAUUUACUAAUAUGUUUUGGAUCAUUGUCUUGCUGCAUAAUCUAAUUGCGUUUGAGUUUCAACUUACAGACUGAAGACUGGAUAUUCUUCUUUAGGAUUUUCUGGUAGAGAGCAGAAUGCAUGUUUCCCUCAAUUACUGCAAGAUGCCCAGGCCCUGAAGCAGCAAAGCAUCCCCACACCAUCACACUUCCACCACCAUGCUUGACCAUAGGUAUGAUGUUCUUUUUGUGGAAUUCUGUGUUUGGUUUACACCAGAUAUAACGGGACCCCUGUCUUCCAAACAGUUCCACUUUCGACUCAUCAGUCCACAGAACAUUCUCCCAAAAGGUUUGAGGAUCAUCAUGGUGUGUUUUCACAAAAUUUAGUUGAACCUUAAUAUUGUUCUGUGUUAGCAGUGGCUUUCAGCUCGUCACUCUUCCAUGGAGCCAUUUUUCCCCAAUGUCUUUCUGAUAGUGGAGUCAUAUAUAAAAUAUUACAAGUAUUUAGAUGUUUUUCAUGACAUUACGAUGUAUUUUCUAGAGUUCACACAUGUAAUUUCAGGGCAUAACAUACUGAAGUGCCCCUUCACAUAUUUUUCACUUGAUCACAUAUUACUCGCUUAAUCACAUGUGGGAAGAAAGGUGUAAAGGGUAAGAACUUCCUAAGCAAGAACUGAGUUGAAGAUUGCCUAACUAGUGCAUGUGUUUGGCAUAUUAGUAGAAUUAUAAAAGAAUUAUUAUCAAUUCUAAUGGUAGCUCAGAGGUUAAGAGUCUGAACUUGUCCUGUUAUGAACUUAACACCUGACUGCUUUAAUUUUUUUUUCAAUCUCUUUGGAUAAAAGUGUCAUCUCCAAAAUGGUUUAAUGAGAUAUUUGGAACUCCAGGAUAAAACCCUGCCAUGAUUUCAUCAGCAUGUCUGAAUCUGCCUGUGUGUUGCUUAGGCUUGUAGAAAUAUAUGCAUUCUUUCCCCUCGCAUUCGCAGGAAAUCACUCAAAACUGCGAAGUCAACAUGGCCACUGAAGCUCUGUUCACUCUGAAGAUCUGUAUGCUGAUAAUUUGCCUGGCUUUAACAGGACAUUGUGCAGGUAUGACGGCUUGUCUUUGUUGUCAUAUUCACACAUGAUACUGAUUUUACGGAUGCUGGGAUUGGGCCAACUGAAAGCGGUUAGCACAGGAGAACUUCAGAGAUAUCCGGCAGUUCCUAAGGUACUAUGAGAGCCUCUCUUAUGACAGAACCAUGUUACUGCAGCAGCAUCAGCGAGUAAGGCGCCAUCUCGAUCCAGAAACCCAGGUGCUUUGUCUGGACUUUGAAGCUUUUCAGAAGGUUUUCCGUUUACGACUCAAGCCAGACUUUGAAGGAUUUGCAGAAGAUUUCAAGGUCCUAUCCAGCAACCAGUCAAGGAGAGGCGACCUCUCUCACAUAUAUUCAGGAGUGCUGGAAGAUGAGGUCGGAUCUUCAUGCCAGGGGUCAGUCCUCAAUGGCCAGUUUGAAGGCUCCAUCAAAACCUCCAAUGGGACAUUCUACAUCGAAUCCAUGCAGAGAUACACAUCUGAGUCAACAGAUAAUCACUCUGUAAUCUACCACGAGGAUGAUAUUGAUGACUUUCCCAUGGAAGGCAGCCGUGCUGGAUUCUGUGGGACGGGCCGGCUGCAGAGUCUCAUACAAAGCCUCAGACAGGAUGAACCAGUGCCCAGGUCAAAACGUACAGUAGACCAGUCCAAGACAAGCUGUCUCCUCCAUCUGCACGUGGACUAUUUGUUUUAUCAGAGGUUUGGCAGCAUCGAGGCCGUCGUUGCCCAGGUCGCCUCAUACAUGAAAGCAGUAAACAAUAUAUUUCACAAGGCUGAGUUUGAUGGGAUUGAAGUAAUUGACUUCAAGGUGAAAUCGAUGAGUUUUGUUUCAGAAAAAAACCCAGCUGACCCAAUGCAAGAGACUUUCAUCGGCCCUGAGAAGCUACUGAGUCUUUAUUCAGAGAUGAACUGGGGAAACUACUGCCUAUCCUACCUGCUGACCAGCCGUGACUUCAGCGGCGUCCUCGGCCUGGCCUGGGAGGGGAAACCUGAUAACUGGGGUGGGAUCUGUUCCAAACCCAUACACACUAUGGAUGGUCAGACAUCCAGCCUGAACACUGGUAUGAUCACCCUCAAGAACUUUGGACGUUACCUUCUGCCAAAGUUCGUCCAACUGACCUUCGCUCAUGAGCUUGGCCACAGCGUGGGAGCUCCUCAUGAUGAAGGUGCAGACUGUGGUGAUCUGGGAAUCACUGAAGGUAAAGGACACUUCCUGAUGUUCCCACAUGCUGCAGACGAGGUGAAGGAGAACAGCGAACGUUUCUCACUGUGCAGCCUCCGGCACAUGAGCCGAUUGCUGAAGAUCAAUAAGGACAAAUGCUUUGUGGUCAGCGAUCAACCAAUCUGUGGAAACCGGAUCGUGGAGAAAGGAGAGGAAUGUGAUGUAGGAUUCAAUGCAAGUGAUCCGUGUUGCUACAGUUCAAGAGAGCCAAUAGGAAUUCAAUGUCGGCUAAAACCGAACAAACAAUGCAGUCCUAGUCAGGGUCUGUGCUGCAGCUCUGGUUGUGUCUUUAAAACCUCUGGACUGCUGUGUGAGGAAUACUCUGAGUGUCGGAUGAAAAGCGUAUGCACAGGAACCUCUGCCACAUGUCCUCAACCUGCUGCCAAGCCAAACAUGACAGUGUGCAGUCUGGGCACACGGGUUUGUCUUAACGGGGAAUGUACAGGCUCCCUGUGUGUGCUACACGGCCUGGAGCAGUGUGACUGCCCGGGGGAGAACAAGAAAGAAAGAUGUCACUUGUGCUGCCAACAGAGAGGAAACCCCAACACAUGUGCAAGCACCACUUCCUCAGUGCUCUCAAUGUACUUUAAGGGACAGCGGGUGGCGUUGGUGCCUGGAUCUCCAUGCUACAAAAACCAGGGCUACUGCGAUCAUUUCCAGACAUGUCGUGUGUUGGAUGCAGACGGCCCCAUCGCCAGACUGAAAAACUCCUUCCUGAACCUGCGCGAGUUCGAUGACGUAGCAGACUGGAUGAAGGCCCACUGGUGGGCAAUCCUGCUGGGCGUCCUGGGAGUCUCGGCAGUAAUGGCUGGCACUGUCUGUCUGUUUGGACACACACUUGAGAGUGUCAACAGAGAAAAGACGACACAUUAACUGAGCUGGAAAUAUGUCUGUUGGACAAUACAAACACUAAUACAUGCACAUGUACUGUAUAUAUGUUAUAUAUUUGACAGUAUAUCUGAGUUUCUGUGCACUGUGCUCACGCUCAUUAUAGGCACUGAUUUUUAAUCUUCGUAACUCUGACUAUGCGUUGACUAAAUUUAGCCUAUGCAUGCAGCUCACAUUUUAUUUCUGUGUUUCUACUUCCCUCCACUUUGUGUGUGUGUGUGUGUGUGUGUGUGUGUGUGUGUGUGUGUGUGUGUGUGUGUGCGCGUGUG